AGAGGCGUAGUUGUUCUUCUUGUUGUACAAAGAUUGAAGCUUUGGUGAGUUAAAAAAGGAGAUAAUUUGGGUGUUUCAAAAAGAUCAAAUGGGGUCAUCUGGUUUUUUCCUCUUGUGUAUGCUUCAUUCUAUGGUGGCCUUAACUUCUGGGGCUUUGAUGAUGUUUUAUAGCAAUGAGGUAUUUAUAUUUAGCCAUGGAAGAGAGCGUGCGAGUAAGCUUUUUGGAUCGACACCCCAUGACCAAUUGAUAAUCCAAACAUCAGAUUCAUUCUCUGGUCUGCUUUUAUUUGCCAUUGGUUUUUUCUUGUUCAUGGUGGCAUUUGUUAAAGACAGAGAGUUUCACAAUUUCUUUGCUAAGGGAUGUGUCCUCCUUCAUAUAGCUAUGGCUGUUUGGAGAAUUUACUUUGAGAGGAAGCUUGAGGAGGAUCUCGGACACGAUUGGCUGAGAUUGGUUGUUGCUGACAUUGCUUUAGGACUUUCUUGGGUUUUCUUUCUUGUGUAUUCUUGGAGAGAGAAGUAUGAUUAGUCUUCGUUCGUCCCUUCGAGGGAUGAUACAGAGAAGAUUAGCAUCACCCUUGUUCAAGGAUGACACAAACAAAUCAGAGAAAAGUGUGAUUAGUCUAUGUUGCCUUACUUCCUUUGUUUCAUAUAUGGAUCUUGUUGUUGUUGCUGACAUUGUUUUAGGACUUUCUUGGGUUUUCUUUCUUGUGCAUUCUUGAAGAGAGAAGUAUGAUUAGUCGAUGUUGAAAUUUGAACGAUACAGAGAAGAUCAGCAUGGUCAUUGCUAAAGGAUGGCACGAACAAAUCAAAAGAAACAUAUCAUUAGUCUUUGUUUCAUAAAUGGAUCUUGUGGUUGCCAUUUUCAUGCCUUGAAGGGACACACAUUUGAGUCCAUAUUUAGAUGUUUAGAUGAAAAAAAACUGUCUUUGUUCAAGUAUCAAUCAACUACAUCGCAAUUCCGAACUAGUUGGAUUUGGCUAAAGAAUCUGAAAGUUUGGUGUCUGAAAUCGGGUUGUUUUUACUUGAGUUAUAGUUAGCUACUUUGCAAGAAGUUAGGUUUUGAAACACAACCAGAUUGUGCUUCUUUGCUUUAAUCUUGUAUAGUACUUUCUUCCUUUUCUUUUAUUGUGGACAAUUCUUGUAAAGUGCUUCAUUUACUUGUGUAAGUUUCUGUUGAUAGAA